CAAUUUACACUUUUUUUUUUUUUUGUUACAUACAUAUUUAUGCCGUUUUGUGCUAGCGUAUCGCUUGUGUUUCUCAAUGUUCUCCGCGGCCAAUGGCAAAAUAAAGUUGCCGCCACAGGAAACGGCCGCCUCGUCCGCCCUCCGGUGUCUGUUGCAUGGUGGACCCUUUCGGGAUUUACAUUUCUCCGUUUCCGAUAAUCGGCUAAUACCCGUCCAUGAUGUUGUCUUCCUGGACGACGACAUCGAUCGCAAUGUCAAGCCGCUCAUUUAUCGUCCUGUUCACGCGGAGAGUGCCGACUGGGCAGCGAAGUCGACGUUACCAGCUGUUGUGGUUGCCGCCAGCCACUCAGCCACUGAAGACGAUUAUCGUCGUGGUAUCAACUUUCCAGCUCAGAAUCUGCAACUACUCAUAGAAUGA